AAAACACACAGUCACACACUAAAACAGUUUUAAGAGAGUAAAAAAAUGGGGAACACAUUCUCUCUUUUGAAAAUUUUUUGUUGGUUCCUCUGUCAAUUCAUUCUGCAAAAACAAUAAUACUACUCCUACCAGAACCAGUGACUACCGACUACUACUGCUAAUACUACUCUACAAAUUCUACAUAGGAUUACUGCACAGCUAAAUUGCUCAUCUCAAAAAAAGCAUAAGAGAGACUGUGAUUGAUAAUUAUUGCAUAGAGUGAGUCCCCCCACUUUCCUUUCCUCUUCUCUCAUUGCCUUCAAUUCCAAUGAAUAGUCAUAGUUCAGUUCUUCCAACCAAAAGUCUACAAAUUUGAUCAGUGAUCACAGUGAAGACACAUGACUAAAGUUCCCAAACACCACACAAAAAGCUCCAAUCCAUCAUCAAAGUAAUCAAACCCACAGUAUCACUUUUAUAGUACUUGUACUAAGAAGAAACAAACUAUAAACUGUAAAAAAAAAGGGGGAAAAAAAAACAAGAACCCCAUCCCAAUGCCAAAUCCCAAAUGCCGUCCCUUUAAUUCUUUCUUCUUCUGCAAAUCAUAAGCAAAUCCCACUUUGUUUUAUGCUCUGCUUCCUUACCUGCGGAUCAUAUUUUGAGUUUCUCUCACACACACUCACACAGUCGGGGGGCGGAAUUGAUUUGGCUUGCUGGCAGCUGGGAUUUGUUGAAGCUGGGGGUUGUUGCAUUUAAGUGGCUCUUAGCUCGAGGAGCUUAAAGUUUAACUAAUUGUGCUCGAUUUUGGGUUUGGUUUCUCAUUUUUAUGAGUUCUUAAAUCAAAGAGUAGAGGAGGAGCCGUGGAAUGUAUGGUCCGGGAACCGUGAAGACUGCAGGAAGAGGAAGAAAACCCUAGAUCCCGGAGAUUGGGGACUGUUGUGGUAUGGACGAGGUUUUCGAUUUUCCGAUUUCCAAUCCUAGAUAUUGUUUGCCAGUUCCAAUUUUAUAAUGUUUUAACGUGUUCAUGUUUGAAUAUUCAAGGCUUUUGUGGUUCAUUUGAUGAAAGCUGUGUUCCGAUGAAUUUUUGUUUAAAUAUGUUUUGAUGGAUUUGUCUGAUUGUCUGUACGUUGAAUAUUUUCGGCAUCUUCAAUUUGCGUGGAAACAAAGUCAUUCUCUCUCCCGCCGGCCCCAAUUUGAAUAAGGAAAGAAAGGAACAAUAACAAUCUCUCCCCACAAAUGAGAGAGAUGAACUUCAUAUAUUAGUGCAAGUUCUUUUUGUUGCUUCCCUGUGUUUAAUUGGGGGCGUGUCCAUUAUUGAAUGAGAGAUUUGAUUGUGAUUGAUUGCUUUGAAGAUUUUGCGUUUUAUUCAACUGUUUUUUUUAUUGAAAACUUCAGUUUAAUCCUUGAAAACGCUGUUCUUUUCCUUCAAUUAUAUUUAAUUAGGUUUGAUUGUUUGUACUUGUUGAAGAAACCAACCUUGCAAUGAUAUAAUACAAAAGGGUAAUAGUUUGGUAAAGCUCAUUCUUCUGGUACUGCUUGAUUUCUCCUGCAGAUUUAAGUGGGAAUUUGUGGCCGAGGUAGAAUUGUGAUGAUACAGAGUUAUGGAAAGGGUUCCCAGAUCAAAACCACUUCCAAGGCAGUUGCCCAUUCUUGCUGAGGUGACAAGUACUCACUUAACUUUUGUGAAGGAUGAGACCAGCAGAAAUUUGCCUCAUUCCCGACAUAAGCAAGAUUCAGACAUAUAUGCCACUGUUGGAACACGGAAGGGAAAGGAUAGUCCACUGGAAAAUGAGGAGCUAAUGGCUGAUGUUGUUUCCUUGAAGAGCAGUGUUGAUUCAUAUGAAGAAGUUGGUUCCACUUCAUUUCAUGGUGUUAGCCAUCCCCCAGAACCCAUUGAUACUGAUUUGAUGAAACCAGUCUAUGUGCCAAUUGGUCAGAGAAGAACAGAUGAUAGGUGUUUGCUGAAAAGUUUUUCCGUUAAGGGACCCUUUAUCGAAGAUCUUUCUAUCGGAGUUCCUGGUAGCAAACCUGAUCUGUCCCUGCUUUCACCUACAGAGAGCCUGGCAGAAGAGCCAACUGACCCUGUGAUAUUGUCCUCGCCAUUUGCUGUAUCUCGUCCAUCUCAAAAUACAGAAGCAAGUUUGCCUCCUGAUUCUGAAGAGAAAGAAAUCGUUUGGGAUGCUUCUUUACCUCCAAGUGGAAAUGUAAGCCCACACAGUAGCAUUGACAGUACAGGGGUGGUAACGGCUAUGAGUAUUGGAAACAGCUGCACGAGUACAUACCGUAGUGACGGGAUAAUGAGUGAUGGGAUGCUUAGUGUUGACAGAAAUUAUGAGAGUACAAAAGUGAGCACGCGAGGUGACUCACUCGAGAGUGCAAAAACCAGCCUUAGCCGAGCAAGUGAUAGUAGUGGCCUCAGUGAUGAUAGUAACUGGAGUAACAUAACUGGAAGUGCAAAUAAGCCUCACAAGGGAAAUGAUCCUAGGUGGAAGGCAAUUCUUGCCAUCCGUGCGCGUGAUAAUAUUUUGGGAAUGAGUCAUUUUAGGUUGCUGAAAAGACUUGGCUGCGGUGACAUUGGCAGUGUCUAUCUCUCUGAACUGAGCGGUACACGCUGCUAUUUUGCUAUGAAAGUAAUGGAUAAAGCUUCUCUUGCUAGUAGGAAGAAAUUGAACCGGGCUCAGACUGAAAGAGAAAUUCUACAGCUGCUUGAUCAUCCUUUCUUGCCAACUUUGUACACACAUUUUGAGACCGACAGAUUCUCAUGUUUGGUGAUGGAAUAUUGUCCAGGAGGUGAUCUGCAUACGCUGAGGCAGCGACAACCUGGGAAGCAUUUUUCGGAAUAUGCUGCUCGGUUCUAUGCUGCUGAGGUACUUUUGGCACUUGAAUAUCUUCAUAUGCUAGGUGUUGUUUAUCGUGACCUGAAACCAGAAAAUGUUCUAGUCCGUGAUGAUGGCCACAUUAUGCUUUCAGACUUUGAUCUUUCCUUAAGAUGUGCAGUUUCACCUACCCUCAUCAAAACCUCCUCCAUGGAUGAUCCUUUAAAAAGAGGAGCUGCAUUUUGUGUCCAGCCAGCCUGUAUUGAGCCCACAGCUGCAUGUAUGCAGCCAGCAUGCUUUAUUCCCCGCCUCUUCCCUCAGAAAAGCAAGAAAAAGUCUCCAAAACCUCGAACAGAGAAUUCACUAUCAGGGGGCAUGCUGCCUGAGCUAGUUGCAGAGCCUACUUCAGCAAGAUCCAUGUCUUUUGUUGGGACUCACGAAUAUUUAGCCCCUGAAAUCAUCAAAGGUGAAGGCCAUGGCAGUGCAGUCGAUUGGUGGACAUUUGGUAUCUUCUUACAUGAGCUACUCUAUGGGAAAACCCCAUUUAAGGGAUCAGGAAAUCGUGCGACCCUGUUCAAUGUAGUGGGGCAGCAGCUAAGAUUUCCAGACUCUCCAGCGACGAGUUAUGCCAGCCGGGACCUGAUCAGGGGGUUACUUGUCAAAGAGCCUCAACAUCGGCUUGGGACAAAAAGGGGAGCAACGGAAAUCAAACAGCAUCCAUUCUUUGAAGGCGUGAAUUGGGCUCUAAUACGGUGCAGUACUCCACCAGAGGUGCCAAGACCAGUAGAAGCUGAGUUCCCUGGAAAAUUCGGACAAGUUGACACCAUGGGGGUUGGCAGUAGUAGUAAGAGAAUAGUAGGUACAGACGUGAUGAAAUCUGGCGGUAAAUAUCUGGACUUUGAGUUCUUUUAGCUUAGGAAAAUCUAUAGGCUGCUCCCCUCUUUUUGUUGGUGGUUGUAUCAGCGUCUGGUAAUCCCUAGAGGAGCACGAGGGGUAUGUUUUAUUCAUGUGUUGUAGUCCAUUCUCUGAUCCGACAUCAUUCCUUCAUAUCUUUAAUGUUCAUGUGCUUCACGCCACCUGCUCUGUUAUUAGCUCCAUUUUUUGCUCCUGGAUGUCAUUGUCCAAGGGGGAGUCGUGCUUUGAGUUCUACUAUUAUAUAUAGUGGAGUGGGAAAAUUCUAUGCUGGUGUAAUUUUAAUAUAACACAAAAAAAAUGAGAUUCUCCUCUAUCAAAUGUUAUCCGUG